AUGGGACUCAGCACCGGGGUGACGGUCGAUGUUACCGCGGAGGAGAUGCAGGACUUUCUCCGACUGCGCCCGGUUCAUAUCGAGGAACGUAGCUACCGGCAGAUAGGUGGGGACCACGGCAUUCACCUCGCAGCGAGGCCGAAGCCGGGGACCCGCUACCGGGAUCCACCGGAGGUCAAGGACCUCUACAGACAGGCAAAGCAUAGUGGCAGUGAGGACUACCGGGAGAUCAAGCAGGAGGCCAGUGGGGACACCUGGGCAGUCCACAUGUCAGAGGAAGCCUACAGCGCGGGGCACGAACCACAUGAAUGGACGGUCGCCCACUUUAAACAGCUCUUCACAGAACCUAAGCUGGAGCCGCUUCCGAAGUGGAACAGAAGCACCAGCGACUCGGAACCCUUCAGCAUGAGUGAGCUGGAAGCAGCAGUCCAGAAAGGCAAGACGGGUAAAUCGGUGGGAGGCGACCUCACCUCCUUUGAGCUCCUGCAAGGCCUCAUGAAGGACAGACCCACGGCAGAGGCCAUACUGAACUGGAUGGAAGGCAUCCGGAGAGGGGGGACCAUCCCACCAGAGUGGCUGCAUACCAUCGUCACGCUGCUCCCCAAAGUUACCGCGCCCAGCGGUCCAGGAGACCUCCGCCCGAUCAGCUUGGGGAGCGCAGUUGGUAAGGUAUAUGGUACCAUGCUCCUACAGCGUACCAGGGCCGCGAUCGGGCCGAUAGGCCCGGAGCAGUGCUCUCACUCAGGACGCCAGACGGCCGACUACGUGUUCGCAUCGAUCAGAUCCUUCCAGCUUGAUACCGAGUGGCGCUGGGGACUCCACUGGGUCAAGCUUGAUAUCAAGAAGGCCUUCGAUAGCUUGAACCGAUCCAAGGCCCUAGAACAUCUGCGUCAGGUACUGCCGGCACACGUGCACCUGGAGUUUGAGAGCUGGCGUCAACUACUUGCACCCGGCAAGGCAACCGUCCGAACGCCGUGGGGCGAGGGACAUGUAAGCCAGACAAGGGGGAUCAGACAGGGUGCAGUAGAGAGCCCCUGGCUUUUCUCCCUAACCAUGGAACUAGCGCUCAGAGAUGCACAGUCAACUCGAGGGUGGCCUCGGAGGCUUGGGGCGGCGCCCGACCUUGAGCUAUCCGAACUGCUCUUCAUGGACGACAGCAUCAUGUGGGCAGGGGACCAGGCCAGCCUCCUGGCGAAGUACAACAUCCUCAAGCGUAGCCUCAGUGAAUGGGGGCUCCAGGUCAAUCCCAAGAAGACGGCCUAUUACGCGAGCCCGCAUGCCACGGAGAAGGGCCCACUUACCUUGGAUGGAGUCGAGGUUCAACCUCGGGAGAGCCUAGAAGUCAUGGGCCUUGCCCUGAGCGUACCCCUCAGGCCGGCUAGCCUCAUGGACGCAGCCCUGGCAAAGGAACGUCUGAAGCUCUUCGCCUCCACAGUGGGCGGUGCAGCACUGUGGUACUCUUCGGCAGCCCCCCCCAGCCCUCAAGCGCUUGGAGCAGUAAACAGCAUGCAGCUGGAACUUGUCUCCCGCAUGGCGGGGUUCAAGAGGCGCAGUUCCGAAACCUGGCUAGAAUACCACACCCGAAGCCGGAGAGCAGCGAGACAGCUGCUGGCCAACAACCAACAGCCGCGAUGGAGCUCGCUCUGGCUGCAAAGGUACUGGAAUUACAAAGGCCACGUUGCCAGAGGUGCCGCCCGAGAACAGCCUCCAGCAAGCAGCGUCAUCGACGCCUUCCGCACCUACCAGUGGUGGAAGCGACAGCAGAGGACUGCAGAUGGACUGCGUCACCCCGCCUCGUUCUACCCUUACCUUUCCAACGACGAGCUGCGACUCAACAGGGCGGCUGGGUGUGACGAUUGGCGGCAGCUCGAGGCCGACCCCAAGGCCUGGCAGCAAGCUCAAGCAGAGUGGCUCCGCAGAGAGGAC